GGUGCGUUCCCUCUCUCUAAAAUAACACCAACUUCACUUUCUCUCUCUAUCUCUUUCGCAGCUUCACACACUAUCUAUUGUACUUAAAUGGAAGCGCCGGAAUACUUCGUCGGAGGCUAUUUUGCCGCCGGAGGAGCUGACCAAUUCUCGCCGACGGAGAAGCGCCACGCCGACCAGAAGUCCGGCGAGCCUUUCGUCAUCGACGACCUACUCGAUUUCUCCAAUGCCGACGCCAUUAUGUCCGACGGUUUCUUCGACAAUGUCGCCGGGAACUCCACCGACUCCUCCACCGUCACCGCCGUCGACAGCUGCAACUCCUCAAUUUCCGGCAGCGACAACCGCUUCGCCGCCGCAAUUGUCCCUCGUGGCUUCGCCAGCGAUCACCAGUUCUCCGGAGAACUCUGUGUUCCGUACGAUGACAUGGCCGAACUGGAAUGGCUCUCGAACUUAGUGGAAGAUUCGUUUUCCGCCGAGGAGGAGCUGAAAACGCUGCAGCUUCUCUCCGGCGCCGCCGCAUCCACUGCCAUUGGCGCCAAACCGCAAACGCCAGAGUCGUCCUCUUCCACCGACACGCUCCCGCCGUUCGCUUCCGACGACACCGCUCGAAAUGCACCGUUUCUCCACACGGAAACGCCGCUGCCAGGGAAGGCACGGAGCAAGCGCUCACGCGCCGCGCCGGGGGACUGGUCCACGCGCCUCCUGCACCUAGUUACUUCCGGCGAAGCGGCGGAGGAGCAGAAACCUCAGCAGGCGAAGGCGGCGCCGGCGAAGAGGAGGGAGGGAUCGAAUGCGGAGUGCUCAGGGCGGAAAUGCCUGCACUGCGGCGCGGAGAAGACGCCGCAGUGGCGAACGGGACCAAUGGGACCGAAGACGCUGUGCAACGCGUGCGGCGUGAGGUUCAAGUCUGGGAGGUUGGUGCCGGAGUACCGGCCGGCGGCGAGCCCAACGUUCGUGUCGACGAAGCAUUCGAAUUCGCAUCGGAAGGUUUUGGAACUGAGGCGGCAGAAGGAACUGCAGCGACAGCAGCAUCAGCAACUGUUGAGUCAGAGUUCAAUUUUCGGCGUAUCCAACGGUGGAGAUGAGUUCUUGAUCCACCAUCAUCACCAUUGUGGGCAUGAUUUUAGGCACGUUAUUUAGCCUACUCUUUAAUUUAGGGUG